AUCGGCAGAAUGGAUUAUUACCGCUGGUCCACAAAUGAAUGUAAGAAGUUUGUCCUUAACAGGACUUUGUUUGACUUGGUCAACUCCUAUCAGUAUCUAGAUCUUGGCAGCAACACAUUACUGGGGUGGUACUCUGAGCUGUCAAGUGAGGAGAAAAAAAUAAUCCAAGAUGAGGGAGGGCUUUAUCAGUUCCUGGUGAAGCACCCUGCCCUGGUGGUAGCUGAGGAGAUCGGGGUGGUCCAUGUGAAGUCACAGAUACGAAGAAACUCAAGGUCCUCAAACUUUAACAGAGGGACAACAUUUUACGGGCCGACGGUGUAUGAGGAGGUUGGAGCGAGCUGGUUUGCAGGCUGUAGUGCGUCCAGAUGUCCCCCACCACUGGUGGAGAUGUUCUGCCUCACAGGAGAACAGCCAGAGCCUUGGAUGUGGGGCGCCAGCAGUGGCCAUUGCCACCACCCGUGCCCCCGCUACAAUGUCCAGUCAGCUUGUGACGAGAGUCUUGCCUCAGUGCUGCCAUAUUCCAGCCAGAGGGGCCCCUCGUUUCAGCGUCUUUCCAGGGAGUGGCGAGAAGGCAUGACCAGUGUUCAGGGGGCAAUUGCCAGGAUCGUUCUAGAAAACGGAUCAGAGUGUCAGGGAAGUACCUGUAGCUCUCCACCACCCACCCUUGAUCAGUUUGGGGAGCAGGAACGUGCUGACUCACUCAUGCCCAGAGAGGGCAGUGUUGAGCAUUCAGAAAAAAGCCCAGCCACUUCCAGCACCAUGCUGUUCUCUGACGAAGCCUCAGCGUCUCUCCACAGCUCCCCCGGUGGAGCACAGGGCAGCUCUGCCACCACUGCUGACAAGAACCUGCACCACCAUGAGCCUAGAGAAGAGAUGAUGAGGAGUUUGGAGAAGCCGUACACAUCGUCCUCACCUCAGAGUACGGACCAGGACCUGCCUUCUAAACUGGGCAGAGGGCAGGACCAGAAAGAGCCCACGGAGGACCAUCAGCCAAAGUCCAAUUCUGUUGUGUUCCCGAGUUCAGAGAAUUCCAGGGAUGGUGUCGAAGUAUCACCUAAAGCCCCCGCUUUAGUCACAUCCAUCCAGGGUGUGGAUUACUCUGGAAACCCAAUUCAGAAGUGUCUAGUGUCCCCAAGCACCACUUAUUCCUUAAGAGAUGCAUAUUCUCCAGCAUUCUUCGGUGUGGAUCCCCCAACCACUGCAAGUCAGACCAUAGAUGCCAGUGGCGACUUCCGUGCACAUUUCACGUCUGUGCAAGAGUGCCAAGCCUCCCCAAGUACCACAGUGGCCUCGACUGAGAUGGAUUCUCCUGCACACCUCGAUCAAGACACCCAGACCAUACAGACCUCUACUGCAGACAGGAGCGUCAUCACCGACAUCUUCAUGACAGAUCUCGACUUUGUUGCUAAGGAGUUCUGCAGGCUUAAGGCCGAGGAUGAAGAAUUGGAACUGCUCAAGAUGAAACAACUCAAGCCUAACGCAACAUGUGGGUGUGAGUGUGGUGAGAGGUGGAAGGAGUCUGAGCUGAAGCUGCUGGCUCUGCAGUACUCCAUGUGCAAGGAGCACUGCUGGAGAAGAUACCUCACCUCUGCUCAGGGCGAACGGGACAUGCAGGGGUCUGAGGAGGUCCCUGUGGGCCUGGUGGAGAGCCUGCGUGUCCUGGAGGAGACCUACAGCCAGAUGAGGAGACGGCUGCUGUCUGGGGCGACUCUGGAGGAGCUCGACCCUCUCUCUGUGGACACACACAGGCUCAACACAAACACACUCUACACCCCAGCACAGAAAGUGCAUGAAGAAGAGGUCCAGUCUAAACCACCAGUGGCAUCCCAACAGCUUCAAAAUGAAACCAGCGCGGAAAUGAACUUGCAGGAAGAUGCAACAGAAAAUCCUGGAAAUAAUGAUAAUCUCAAGAAGGCUGCAGAGCUUCACAUGAGGCCAGGUCCCAUUAAACCACUUGCGAGUGGUGUUUGUGAGGAGGAGAUAGGUGUUGAGGGGGAGGCCUGGUUCGAUGCGGUGGAGGUGCUGGGUCUGGCUGGCGGCUGCCUGCAGGAGGAGGACAGGUUUAGGAAAGGGAAGCAGAGCGAGAGGAGAACAGGAAUUGCCAUGGAAAGUAGUGACGGCAGGAAGAUGGGACCCCACCAAAAUGAUGUAAAUGAGCAGGGGGAUCUGCAAUGUGAAAAGACUAAAGCAAGAGAUGGUUCCCUGACAGUGUCAGACAAGCCAAGGACCGGCAGCGUGAGGCUGAGUUCUCCAGACAUUGCUGAGGCAGCGAUGCAAGAUCUCAGUGGCUCCUUCAUCCAUGGCCAGCCCCUCCAGAUCUCACACACCACCAGCAGCAGCAGCAGCUGCCCACCUGCUGCACCCCCUCAGGGGGACCACACCUUCAAGAGGCCCCAACCUCCCACCACAACAACCACCACAUAUGGGCCCAAGCCGAGCAGUGUCAAAGUGGCUGCCCCCUAUAACAUGCUACCCAGACCAAUCAUCACCUGUCAGAUGAAGAAGCUGCUGAACAUCAGCCCUGUGCCCACAGCCUUGGGCACCUGGGUCCCUCUGCAGCUCCCACCCAGUGCCAGCAGCAGCAACAGCAGCUUCGCCCGACAGCAGGUCAUGGAGGCCCUCCUGAAGCAGCACGGUCCCCUCAACAGUUUCAGUUCUGGGAUGUGACGGCUGUAGCAAGAUGACCGUCGACAGAGUGGAGAAGAGAGUUUUCCCAACGAAAAGCUUUUAUUGUUAUUUUUAUUAUUAGUUUUUAUAAAAAUGCAAGUAUUUACAGUGCAAUCAAAAAUGGCAAAUCAAAGAUGAGGAAAACAUGAAAACAAAAUGGCAAGAGUGCCAGACUGUAGCUAUAAAGCCUCUGAGCCACUACUCAGCACAACCUUCCCCUACGAAGCUCACUCCCAACUGAGGCUGAGCCCUUAACAGAGUUACAGCCCUUCCCUCAGGAAAGCCCCAUUCACAAAAUAAAUCAAUCAAUUAGCGGGCAGCCCACAAUUAACUGACAGUUUAAGAUUAUUCACAGGUGACUAGGAGCCUGUACUACGAAGUAGGGUUAUGGGUUACUUAGAGUGUAACUUGGACAUGUGCAGUGUAACUUCCAGACUAACCCAUAUUACGAGAGGAGGAUAUGUUUGACGCAAGGUAUUAGGGCUGCACAAGUAGGCUAAUCGAAAAUCGCGAAGUCGUGAUUUCGGUCGUGAUGUAAUCGUGGCAUUAGUGACCUACCUUUGAGAGCGUCCUUGAAGCCAGAACAUACUGACAGGUUGGUGAUUCUUUCCAGAAAUCUGUCGACCUAAGUUUCAUGCUAUUGCCUUUACAUAAUUAUUACAAAUUUUAUUUUGCUCAUCCCGUAUAUACUUCAUUCUUGGUUAUAUUUCAUCUUGUUAUAAUUUUCACAUAUUAAUCCUCAAUCAUGUGCGAUUGCAGAGCUGGUUGGUGAUGCUCUGUCACUUCAUAAUUCGUACAGACACUGUCAAUGGUUGUUUUGUUGGUGUAGAUCGCCGUCUGGUAAAGUUGUUAAUAAUAAUUGAAAUUACAAUUAUGCACAAGUUUAAUAUUCAUCAGCGCAAGCCGGUUCAGGGGAUAAAAAUACAAUUAAACUGUGCAGUAUGCACGAGCACAGCUCCAGGAUUUAAGUGGGAGACGUGAAUAAGUGGCUGUACCAUAGGCUUGGUAUCUUGGUAGAGUUUGUGUUUACACAUGUAACUAGUUAAGAUAUGCUACACUGUUGGGAUGAAGGCUGCGCAUUUUUGAUUAAGUGAAAUUUAAACAAAUGGCCUGGUUAUAAUCGUGCACUGGCGUCUCUUUUCAUUUCUCAGCAUUCAACUUCAAUGCGCUGCAGAAACAACUGAUCAUAACCGCGGUUGCCUUGCUACGAGAACGCACAGGCACUCCGGUUUAGAUAACUCGGGGUAGACAAAUCAAUAUCUAAAUCAGCGUCAUAGUACAGGUUAACCCUGGUCAAGGACGCCAGGGUUUGUCAACCCCAGUUUACCAAGUUAAGCCUGGGUUAGUUCUAGGUAGGUUGAACUGCGUUCGUAGUACAGGCUCCAGCAGUUAGAGAAACCGAGUGAAUGUUCCACUGUUACAGAAAUAAUUAAGUUCUUAACCAAAUAAACUUUUAUGA